AUGGCCCGUGUGCAUGCGAUUGAGACGCGGAUCGAAAAGCUUAACCCCUCCAUCGAUGAAUACUUUACUAGCGGGUUCCUAAACCGCGACGAGCUUCGGAAAGUUGUGCGGCAGCGGCGACACUGGGAGUACCGUUUGGUUGCAAAGCCCUUGCUGCUCCUUGAUGUGCGGGACGCCGUGCGUUACGAGCUUGACCUUGAGCAGCGUCUACGGGCGUACUGUGAGUCUACAAAGGUCGAAUUAAAGCAUCGUUGGGCUAUCUUAGAGCGCAUUGAGUACAUUUAUCGCGUCGGCCUGAAGCAUCUUAAGAAAAAAUCCGAAUGGGAAUCUAUCCGAAAGGAGUUUAUCACAUUCCUGAAGCACCAGCAUCGACAUGGUUCACUCAGCAAGCUGUAUGCUGAGCUCAUGAUUAAGUAUCCGACCCGAAGCGAUUUGUGGGUGGAGGCGGCGCUUUGGGAAGCUAUGGGGUUAAACAACGUACACAACGCCCGCUCUAUCAUCCAACGGGCCUUACUGACGAUGACUGCAGAUCCGGUGGUGUGGACGGCAGGAUUGAGGAUUGAGUUACACUUCAUUAGCCGCUCCUUGAGACGAUUCAUCGAGGAGUAUGUGGAUCAGAAGCAAUCGAAGAAAUUCAGGAAGGAAAUUUCACACAGCUCCGUAACAGACGUGGGCGGCACUGGUGGGCAGAUGAACCAUGAUAAAGGGACUGAACUGCGAAUCUCUGAUCAAAUGCGAGCAGAAGAUGAGCACUUGUCUAAGAUUGUGCUUGACCUUGAACUUUGUAAAGUUGUGGUGGAUGAAGCGCUUCAAGGCCCUGCGUUUAGCCCUACUUUGGUUACGCAGUUAUUGACUACCGCGGGUGAGUUUUCGUUUACUAGGGACCUGAUCCUCACGAUUCUCAACGACGGACAGCAUAGAAUGCUUGAGGUUUUGGGAAGCGACCACACCACACAGCGAGUGCGUACAGAGUGGCAGGAGGGAGGACUAUCGGCUGUUCUGAAGCCCUUUAUUAUGGUGGAUCAUAUCUUAGUAAAUGGGUACCGCAGCGUUCUCGUAGACAGCGCCACAUUUGUGGAUAAUGAAGGGUCUGCUCGAAGACCUUCCCCAGAAACCCGCCGCACUGCGACGAUGAAAUCUCUUGCCACCGUAUUCACGCUUGCUGACCAAAAACCGGGGUGCAUUAUGAAUAUGACUGGUAACUCCGAUGCGGUUGGGCAAUUGCUUUGUAACGCAGCCCAUGAGUUACUGGAUGCGAUCAAGGGGCACUGUGGCCAUGGGGUCUCACGAAUUUGCUUAAAACUCUUGAAUACGCAAACUGUCAACGUGGUGGAUGCAGUUCGGUGGCUCUUGAACGUUGAGCGACUCAAUGAACAGGAGACCGAAACGUAUGUAGUGUAUGCACGAAAUCGUGUUCAGAUUCUUGAGCGGCUGGUCCAGGAUACUUUAGGGGUCGGUGCGACUUCACCCUCUAAGACGACCAAAGCGCAUUUAGGGAAGCGGAAGGGCGAUUCCGUCAAGCUGCGUUGGCCAACCGGUUUGUUAAGCGAUCUCAUCGCCGUCGAGGAUCGCGCUGCGCUUUGGUCGUCUCUGAUAGGCGCUCAAGGAUCUCAGACCGCUUCCGAGGCGCUCGAUGCGGAUGCCUUGGAUCGCUUUUUGCUCUGGCUUCGGCUGGAGGAGCGUGAGCGGCAGAAGGGUUCCAAGACCACAAAGACCACUGGCGCCGUCGCCGCGUUGCAGCGAAAGGCAAUCGAGGACUUUCUCAUUCGGUAUCGUCUGCUACCGAGCUCAUCUGGUUCAAGCGGGCCGAAAACAAACGACUCUGGUGACCGCACUUUGUGCCUUUUAUCGCGUAAACAAGCUCUUUCCUUUAGGGAUAGUCAGACGACUCCACUCAGUGUGUGGCGACUUUUCAGCGCAUUGGAAAUGCUACAUUCACGGGUGUCUUCUUUUGGUGAGACCAAGAAGGACAGUGAUGAUGACGACGAUGACGAAAAUGAUAAUAGACGCGACUCAUCAUUGAGCUUCAGAAGCUUCGUUGAGGCGGGGCUAAAUUUUAUUGCUGGGAUGACUUACGCUUCACUCAGUCGUGCGGAGCAGUGGGAACGAGCGACCGGGAUUUGCACACUUGUCCGAAGUCGCUUUCACACAUUUACCGGUCUUAAGCGGUUCACACGGGAGGACAUGCUUUCGUGGAUGUGUGGUGCGGAAAAGGCCUCUUUGAAAACCGAUGUGCAGAUGCUUUUCUCCGAAGUGCGUGAUCUGCUGCGUCCACCAAAUGGUCAGUUGGAUCGCUGCCAGCCGCUCCCUCGAUUCUGUCUUGUACACGUGAUGCUGCCCUUUCUAGAGGCCCUGGUUCUCUUUUACUCGCAGGACGUAGCGAGUAAAAGUGAAAAAGAGGACGCAUUGAAUCAUGCGCGAGCAACACACGAGCGGGUUGUCAAUAUCUACCAACACACAAAGCACCCAGAGGAUUUCAUUCCCCUUUUAUAUGAUGGCGUUACAAAGGAUGUUCGGGAGGUUAAAGCGUCUCGCCAUACUGUGGAAAGAUUUAAUGCUGAUGAUUGGGUUUCUUUUGUUACCUUUGAGCGGGAAGUUGCGAAGGAUCUUAAUGCGGCUCGGACUGUGGUGGAGCGAGCAAGACGUUGGACGCUGGCUCCUCAGCAGCUUCUAGUGAUGCUCGGCCGUGUUUGA